UCAUUUAACUCUUAACAACCCUAGCGCGUUGGUACUGUUAUUAUGCCCACAUUAGCGAUGAGGCCGAGAGGUUAAGAAAGGUGUCCACAGUCACGGAUGCACAGCAGGUGGGAACGAAACAGGCAUGAGAAACUGGCUCCAGAGCCAGCUGUCUGGCUGUGCGCUGGUCAGCGCCUGUUCGCCGGAGAGCUGCAUCAGGCCGCGCCCCAGAAUCAGCCAACUGUGAGUGCACAAGCUGUAGUGGAACUGGGCCGACGACCACCUGGGCGCUAGACGAAUGCCUUCCCCCAGGAGAGGUGGGAGAGGAAGGGGACACCUCUGGGAGAAGGAAAAUGGUCGUCGAACGACGCUGACCCAAGCAAGAGCUUCAGGCCAGGACUUUCAGCAGCUGAAGAGCUCCUUCUGGCGGCCCUAACCUUUCCCUACCCUCUCCAGCCCGCCCACUGCCAACCAGGUCCUGUAGAGUCGAAUCUAUACUGAGAAACACGGGGGCGGGGCUGGGGUAAGGGCCAGCAGUUGCUGUUAAGAGUUUAGGCCAAUCAGCCCUUGGUCCCCCUUCUCUCGGCCAAUAGAAAGUGGGCUAGGGCGCAGAGGCGGAAAGUGCAGCUUCAUGAGCAGGCGUCAGAGCCAAUCAUUCGUGGACCUCGUUGUCAUCCGCCAACCAGCGAAGAGAGCGGGUCUGGGGGCGGGAGGCCAGAGCAGCUGUCAGGCUAAAGUCCGGCGAGCUACGAGCGCGGCUGGACAGCAAGAGCAAGCGCGGCGCCGGGCCGGGUCCUGGAGAUGGUCCCCGGCGCCGCAGGCUGGUGGUGUUUGGUGCUUUGGCUGCUCGCGUGCGUCGCGGCCCACGGCUUACGCAUCCAUGAUUAUUUGUACUUCCAAGUGCUGAGUCCUGGGGACAUUCGAUACAUCUUCACAGCCACACCUGCCAAGGACUUCGGUGGUAUCUUUCACACAAGGUAUGAACAGAUCCAUCUUGUCCCUGCUGAACCUCCAGAGGCCUGUGGGGAACUUAGAAACGGUUUCUUCAUUCAGGACCAAAUCGCUCUGGUGGAGAGGGGGGGCUGCUCCUUCCUCUCCAAGACCCGAGUGGUACAGGAGCAUGGUGGGCGGGCCGUGAUCAUCUCUGACAAUGCAGUUGACAAUGACAGCUUCUACGUGGAAAUGAUCCAGGACAGUACCCAGCGCACGGCUGACAUUCCUGCCCUCUUUCUGCUCGGCAGAGAUGGCUACAUGAUCCGUCGCUCACUGGAACAGCAUGGGCUGCCAUGGGCCAUCAUUUCUAUCCCAGUCAAUGUCACCAGCAUCCCCACCUUUGAGCUGCUACAACCACCCUGGACCUUCUGGUAGAAUUGGUCCAACAUUCCAGCCUUAAGUGACCCUGGGCUUGGAAGGGGAAACCCAGGCACUCUGCUAUUUGGAAUCUGGGGAGAACAUCUGUGGACAAGUGAAGCCAAGCAGAGGGAAGAAAGCCACAUCACGGGCUCUCUCUUCACCAAGGCUCCCAAGGACAUCUUGUGCUACAGGAAGAGGCAAGAGCCAAGCUCCAGGGCUUCUGGCAGGAAUCUAGAACAAAAGGAGCUAGAAGGAGGCCACCUGUGACAUUCCACCUGGUUCAACCUCCCCAACCCAUGGUCUCCUCUUCACAGGAAUUGCUGGAGAGGUUUAAGGAAUUGGUGUCUGGGGACUCAAUAAACUCACUGACUUUUUAGCAAUAAAGCUCAUCAGGA